GCAGGUUACUAAGUAUGCAAUUCAUACUGGUAGCGGUACUGGUUCUCUUCACAUUUGCGGCCGCGGCCGAAGAAGCAGUAGCAGCUGAAGCCGUCCUGCCUCAAGCCAAGCCUGGCUGCACUGACCGCUGUGGCAACCUCACCAUUCCAUAUCCAUUUGGCAUAGAGCCUGAUUGUUACAUGACAGAAAACUUUUCUGUUAGUUGUAACACAUCCACUAAACCCCCGACAGCAACGUGGGAGGAUAGUCCCAUCGUUAUUAACAACAUAUACCUGGCUGAAGGUGAGAUGCAAAUAAUGCACUACGUAGCCUACGAUUGCUACGACAGCCAGGGCCCGACUGAGUCCGACAAACCAUUGCUCACCGUGCCUCCUUUCACCGUCUCUCAUACUAGAAACAAGUUCAUUGCCGUUGGUUGCGAUACUUAUGCACUUUUCAGAGGUUACCGUGCAGACGAAGAGAGGAACAUCAUGACCGGAUGCAUGUCCAUGUGUGACAACCUUGACAGCGUUGAACAGUCUUGCUCCGGGGUUGGGUGUUGCCAAACUGACAUCCCUAGAGGACUUGAGAACUGCACUCUCACACUGGCUAGCUACUAUAAUCAUACAUACAUACUGGAGUUCAAUCGAUGCAGCUAUGCCUUCUUUGUGGAAAAAGACGAGUUUACGUUUUCCCCGAAUACAAGUUUUAAAGACCUCUCCAACACUGAAAAGCUUCCCAUGAUUCUUAAUUGGGAAAUUGGGGAAGGGCCAUGUGAUGAAGCUCAAAAGAAAGAUGAUUAUGCAUGCAAGGCAAAUAGUAAGUGUGUCAAUCGGACCAUCAGCGAUGAGCUAUCUGGUUAUAUUUGUCAAUGCCAGCCGGGUUAUCAAGGGAACCCCUACCUUCCUGAUGGAUGCCAAGAUAUUGACGAGUGCAAGGUUUCAAACCCAUGCACCAAUGGAAGGUGUGAAAAUUCACCUGGAAGUUACUCUUGUUUGUGUGACAAAGGGUACAGAAGCAAUGGAACCAAUAAUCAAAGUUGUAUUAAGGAGGUUCCUAAAAAUCAACCAAAGACCACGCUCCUGCUCCUGCUUAUUGUAUCAUUGAGUGUAACUGGCGGCUUCUUAGUUCUAUUUGUUGGAAUUUCAUGGAUAUGUUGCGGAAUAAAGAAAAGAAAAUUCAUGAAACUCAAAGAAAAGUACUUUAAAGAGAAUGGUGGCUUAUUGUUACUACAGAAACUCGCUAAUAAUGGAGGCUCAGUGGAGACAACAAAAAUAUUCACCACAGAAGAACUAGAGAAGGCAACAAACAAUUACCAUGAGAGUAGAGUCCUUGGAGAAGGAGGCUACGGAACAGUUUAUAAAGGGGUACUACUUGACAACAAAGUGGUUGCCAUAAAGAAGUCCAAAGGUGGUACCUCGAUCCAGAGUGAACAGCUUGUUAAUGAGGUGGUUGUUCUUUCCCAAAUCAACCACAGAAAUGUGGUGAAGCUACUAGGUUGUUGUUUAGAGACAGCAGUACCUUUACUAGUAUAUGAGUUUGUCACCCAUGGCACUUUAUAUGAGCACAUUCAUAGAAAAAGAUCACUACUGUCAUUCGAACUACGAAUGAAGAUAGCUGUUGAAACAGCAGGAGCACUAGCAUACUUACACUCCUCUAUAUCCACGCCAAUCAUACAUCGAGAUGUGAAAGCAGCAAAUAUACUCCUAGAUGAUAAUUAUACAGCUAAAGUGUCGGACUUUGGAGCUUCACGGUUGGUUCCUUCAGGUCAAAAUGAAAUACAAACUUUAGUGCUCGGGACAUUUGGCUACCUAGACCCAGAAUAUUUGCAGUCAAACCAACUAACAGAAAAAAGUGAUGUCUACAGCUUUGGAGUUGUCCUAGUGGAGCUACUAACAAGCAAAGUGGCAUUUUCUAAUGAUAGAUGCUUAGCAAGCAUCUUUGUUUCUUCCAUGGAUGAAGAUUGCUUAAAACAAAUUCUUGAUGAUGCCAUAGUGAAUGAGGGAAACAUUGAGACAGUAGAAAACGUGGCGAGUCUCGCAAAAAGAUGUUUGAGGGUAAAAGGGGAGGAAAGGCCUACCAUGAAAGAAGUUGCCAUGGAGUUAGAGGGAAUGACAAUUACGGCAUAGCAUCCAUGGGGAAAGAAUGCCAUGUUUUGUCCAGAGGAGAAUGAGUACUUGCUUGGGUCACCUUCAGACAGUUAUGUUAUGGAUGUUAGAGGAGGUGAUCGCAAUUCUAGUGGUUUAACUACUGGUUAUGACAGCAUGCAAAUCCAGAUGUUGAUGCCACGUGGUGAUGGACGAUAGUUGGCGUGUUCCACUGUUCCUCAUGAUUUAUAUACCACGUAUCUUUAGGGACGGUUGUAAUCCUUGUUUCAUUUCUAGCAGUGCC